CAUGAGGUACAUAACAAUGACAUUGCUUUUAGUAAGAUAAAAUUUAAGAUACCCUCUUUUGAUGGUAAAUAUGAUCCGGAUGCUUAUCUUACUUGGGAGAUGGCUGUUGAACAAAAGUUUACUUGUCAUGAUUUUCCUGAAAAUGCAUGUGUUAGGGCUGCAACUAGUGAAUUCACUGAUUUUGCUUCCGUUUGGUGGAUAGAACAUGGCAAGAAAAAUCCUAAUAACAUGCCACAAACUUGGGAUGCUUUGAAACGGAUCAUGAGGGCUAGAUUUGUUCCAUCUUACUAUGCACGUGAUCUUUUAAACCAGCUGCAGCAGUUAAAACAAGGUACUAAAAGUGUAGAAGAAUACUAUCAAGAGCUGCAAAUGGGCAUGCUACGCUGCAAUUUAGAGGAGGAUGUGGAACCUGCUAUGGCUAGAUUUUUGGGCGGGUUAAACCGGGAAAUUCAGGACAUCCUUGCUUAUAAAGAGUACACUAACAUAACCCGUUUGUUCCAUCUUGCUUGCAAAGCUGAAAGGGAAGUGCAGGGACGACGUGCAAGUACCAGGACUAACAUUUCUGCAGGGAGGAAUUUUUCCACACAGCCCCGCUCAAGCAUUCCAUCAACUGGACGUGCUGCUGCACCUUAUUCAUCGUCAGCUCGAAUAGCAGCCCCACCUUCUAGCGACAAGCCUCGUGACAACCCUGCAAAUUCAGCAGCAAAGACAACGCAAAAACCUGCUGCAACCACUUCAUCGGUGGCAUCCACAGGUAGAACAAGAGAUGUUCAGUGCCACCGCUGCAAGGGAUUUGGACAUGUCAUGCGUGACUGCCCAAGCAAGCGUGUUUUGGUGGUCAAAAAUGAUGGUGAGUACUCAUCUACUAGUGAACUUGAAGAAGAUAUACUUGCAUUGCUUGCGGCUGACCAUGCAGGAAGUGAGGGCUGCUCGGAAGAACAUAUUAAUGCAGCUGAAGCCGACCGCUAUGAGAGCCUAAUUGUGCAGCGUGUGCUGAGCGCACAAAUGGAAAAAGCGGAGCAAAAUCAGCGGCACACAUUAUUCCAAACAAAGUGUGUCAUCAAAGAGCGUUCGUGUCGAGUGAUCAUCGAUGGAGGUAGCUGCAACAACUUGGCCAGCAGCGACAUGGUGGAGAAGCUUGCACUUACCACCCAACCACACCCGCAUCCAUAUUGCAUUCAAUGGCUGAAUAACACCGGUAAGGCAAAGGUAACAAAACUUGUGCGAAUUAAUCUUGCCAUCGGAUCCUAUAAAGAUGUUGUUGAAUGUGAUGUUGUGCCAAUGCAAGCAUGUAGUAUUCUGCUAGGAAGGCCAUGGCAAUUUGAUAAAGAUUCUAUGCAUCAUGGUAGAUCAAAUCAGUAUUCCUUCCAAUACCAUGAUAAAAGGAUUGUGUUGCAUCCAAUGUCUCCUGAAGCAAUUUUAAAAGAUGAACUUACUAGAGCUAGUAAAAUGAAGAAUCAGGAACAGGUUAAAAGUGAAAAUCAAAUUGUGGCCAACGAACUUGAGAAGCACAAAAAGAGAAGUGCCAAAUCUAUUCAUGAUAACAGAAAUGAGAUCAAGCUGAAAGGGGCAUGUUUCAUUGCUACUAAAUCUGAUUUAGAUGAGAUUGAUGCUACCACUGCUGUUUGCUAUGCCUUGAUUUGCAAACAAACCUUGUUUUCACUUCAGGACAUACCUCUUUCCUUGCCCCCUAUUGUCACUAACCUUUUGCAGGAGUAUGCGGAUGUUUUUCCAAAGGAGGUGCCACCGGGGCUGCCACCAAUUCGUGGGAUUGAGCACCAGAUUGACCUUAUUCCCGGGGCCUCCUUACCCAAUCGUACACCAUACAGGACCGACCCUGAAGAAACUAAAGAAAUUCAGCGCCAAGUGCAAGAAUUGCUCGACAAAGGUUACGUGCGUGAGUCUCUGAGCCCCUGCGCUGUUCCUGUCCUUUUGGUUCCUAAGAAAGAUGGAUCUUGGCGCAUGUGUGUAGAUUGCCGAGCGAUUAAUAACAUAACAAUCAGAUAUCGUCAUCCUAUCCCUAGGCUAGAUGAUAUGCUUGAUGAAUUGAGUGGCUCAAUUGUGUUCUCGAAAAUUGAUUUGCGUAGUGGUUACCACCAGAUUCGCAUGAAGUUAGGAGAUGAAUGGAAAACAGCAUUUAAAACUAAAUUCGGUCUAUAUGAGUGGUUAGUCAUGCCUUUUGGUCUCACUAAUGCACCCAGCACUUUCAUGAGAUUAGUGAAUGAAGUUUUACGCGCUUUCAUUGGCAGAUUUGUUGUGGUAUAUUUUGAUGACAUUCUGAUCUAUAGCAAAUCACUAGAAGACCAUCUUGAUCAUUUGCGUGCUGUUUUGGAUGCUCUCCGUGAUGCACGUUUGUUUGGUAACCUUGAGAAGUGCACCUUUUGCACAGAUCGAGUCUCUUUUCUUGGCUAUGUUGUGACACCGCAGGGAAUUCAAGUCGAUCAAGCCAAGGUUGAAGCCAUUCACAGCUGGCCGGUUCCCACAACGGUCACCCAAGUGCGAAGCUUUCUAGGACUUGCUGGAUUUUAUCAGUCGCUUUGUGAAGGACUUUAG